GGUUACUUCUAUUAGUAAAAAUCCCAUCAAUGGAUUGGCGUUUUCUCCUCGUUUAUCUGGUGUUAGUGGUCUUAGUGAUACCCACGUGCUUCGGGACAAGCGAUGAUGAGUCAAAUCAAGACAAGAAACAGGACAAAGAUGAGGACAAGCAGUUUAUCUCAAGAAAUGUGCCCCUUAACGAAGACGAGUACGAUGCCCUGUUUUCCCUACUAAGUGUUGAAGCAUCGUUGAAAGACUGGCCUAAAACAGAAAACAAAGCUUUACGGCAACGAGUGUAUAGAAAGCUGAAAAGCAACAAGUUCGAACUGCGUGAGGUCCAUGACCCAAUGACAGCGAUAAAAGUCCAACGUAUCGUGCACACAGGAACAGGAUGCAUCGUUGCUAAGAAGUCAGAGCUCCCGAAAAUUGUUGACAAGUUCUACAAAGAAAGAAAGGGCGAAGGCGCCAGGAAGAUCAAUCCCACUAUCCGUAUCAUUUACGCCGGUUUAUCUCGAAAACGUAUUCAAGGAACUCUGAACUAG